AUGGCCUCCGACCCGGAAAAGCCGACCCGCCUCCAGCAGAAGAGCUUCGGGGUCACCAAUCGCAUCUGGAUCAUCCUCCUUGUUUUCGUCGCUCUCAUCUUCUUCACCCGCUCUGUCCUCCCCUCUGACUCCACAAAUCCCCGCCACCACAUCCUCCGCACCGACCUCAAGCCCAAGAACUACCUCAACGUCUCCGAGGAUGCCACGAACCCUUUCCCCUUCUGCCCUGCUCUCGGUCCAGGAGAUGAGCUUGCAUCCCGCUACGAUCCAGUCGUGCUCUCCACCACUCGCUUCCAUCUGGGAAGCGGCGCGCGCAUACAGCGCGUCAUCAACAAGGCCCUCGCGGGCCUCCCCGUCACUAUCAGCGUGGUCGGUGGCUCUGUCUCUGCCUGCCACGGUGCUGGCGACGACCCCUUAUCACCGACAUGCUGGCCAUCAAGAUUCUUCAACUGGUGGAACGGUGUCUUCCCUCACCCAGCAACUGAACUCACUAACGGCGCUAUGCGGAGAACAAGUUCAUCAUACUUCGGUUUCUGCAACGCCCAUCACAUACCAGACAUCACAGACCUAGUGGUCGUUGAGUUGGACGUGGACGACGCGAACUCCGACACGUCAAUGGACGAGUUCGAGCUUCUCAUUCGUUCGAUUCUCCUUCGGCCAGACACUCCCGCGGUCUUAAUUCUCGGGCACUUCGGUCCACAAGUUGCCCAGACAAGAGGUUUUGCCGGUGCCGAUCACUGGCACAGUCUUGUUGCUCAAUUCUACGACGUGCCUCAUGUCAGCAUCAAGCCCGUUUUGUACCCGAAGUACAUGCAAAACGCCAAAUCCAUCAGCCAGUACUUCACAGACCCCAUUCUCGCCAACUCCUUAGGACACGAAAUCCUCUCCGACGUCCUCGUCUCCUACUUCCAGUCCCAGAUCUGCACCACAUGGGCAGCCAUCAUGGGUCACUCAGCCGAAGCCCUCCCUUCACCAGCCUCCGCCGUCUACCCCGACGGCCAAGCCAAGCAGCCCACCGACGCGCGCGGCCUCUUCGGUGGCGUCGCACAACGCAAAGGCGCGGCGGGCGCCGCUGCCCCGAGCACGAACAGGGCGACCGCGCCGCCGCCGGCGUCCUCCCCCCAGGACCCGCGCCUGCGCGUGCCCCCCGUGCGCAUCAACCAGCGGCCGUCGGACCUCGAGGCGCACCCGCUCCGCGAGGUCGCGCCGUACUGCGUGUCCGCGAACGACCUCGUGAACCCGCUCCCGCUCUCGAUGUUCUCCGGCUCGGGCUGGGCCGCGUUCCACCCCCCGCCGGGCUCGGCCGAGACCACGUCGCACUCGCACUACUUCUAUUCGAGUCUGCCGACGAGCAAGCUCCGGGUGAACAUCCUCGCCGGCGCGGGCGACGUCGCGGUCUACUACGUGCGCGAGCCGAAGGAGAAGGUCGGGCUGGGCAGCGCGGUCGAGUGCUGGGUGGACGACAAUUUCCCGGGGGCGGUCGUCAUCGAGAACGCGGCCGACGUCGGCGAGGCGACGCCAACGCUUCGCUUCAUCGACCAUCACGUCCAGAGCGGACCGCACUACGUCGAAUGCCAGCUACUCGGCGAGGAGGACGACCGGAACAUGCCGGCGUUCAAGAUCAUCGGCAUCUUCUCGACGUAG